UAGUCGAGCCGGUGCAUGAGCUCUGACGCCGCGGGCGUCCACCGCAGCGCCAUCAGGAGAAGGGGCGACGACCCGGCCAUGCCGACCCCAACUUCCAGCUCCGGCGCCUCCUCUCCCUUCUCCAGCGACGGCGGGACCGCCUCGCCGAACCGGAUGCUCCGGGGCCGGCACCACCUCCUCUCCACGGCCGGCGACGCCAUGGACACCGACGUCGCGCAACCCGCGGCCGCCUCCCUCAUCGACUUCAGCGCCCAGCCGCCCGAGGCCGGCCACGCCAACAGCAUGGACGACGCCGGCGGCGGCGGAGGCGCGUCGGGGGGCCUCGCCUCGCGCCCGCCGCUAUCCGGCCCGCGCAGCGGCUUCCGCCGCCACGGCCUCCGCGGCAUGAAGCAGCGCCUGCUCGUCGUCGCCAACCGCCUGCCUGUCUCCGCCAACCGCCGCGGCGAGGACCAGUGGUCCCUGGAAAUCAGCGCCGGCGGACUCGUCAGUGCCCUCCUCGGCGUUAAGGACGUCGACGCCAAGUGGAUUGGCUGGGCGGGCGUGAACGUCCCCGACGAGGUCGGCCAGCGGGCGCUCACCAGAGCCCUCGCCGAGAAGAGGUGCAUUCCUGUCUUCCUGGACGAGGAGAUCGUGCACCAGUACUACAACGGCUACUGCAACAACAUCCUGUGGCCGCUCUUCCACUACCUGGGCCUGCCGCAGGAGGACAGGCUGGCCACCACGAGGAACUUCGAGUCGCAGUUCGACGCGUACAAGCGAGCCAACCAGAUGUUUGCCGACGUUGUGUACGAGCACUACCAGGAAGGGGAUGUGAUCUGGUGCCACGACUACCACCUCAUGUUCCUGCCCAAGUGCCUCAAAGACCAUGACAUCAACAUGAAGGUUGGGUGGUUCCUGCACACGCCGUUCCCGUCGUCGGAGAUUUACCGCACUCUGCCUUCUCGCUCGGAGCUGCUUCGUUCUGUGCUCUGUGCUGAUUUAGUCGGAUUUCAUACGUACGAUUAUGCAAGGCAUUUUGUGAGCGCAUGUACCAGAAUACUCGGACUCGAGGGUACCCCUGAAGGUGUGGAAGAUCAGGGAAAGCUCACAAGGGUUGCAGCGUUUCCUAUUGGGAUAGACUCUGACCGUUUCAAAAGAGCGUUGGAGCUUCCAGCAGUAAAAAGACAUAUCAACGAAUUGACACAGCGAUUUGCAGGAAGGAAGGUAAUGCUUGGUGUUGAUCGACUUGACAUGAUUAAAGGAAUUCCACAAAAGAUUUUGGCCUUUGAAAAAUUUCUUGAGGAAAAUCCUGAAUGGAAUGAUAAAGUGGUUCUACUUCAAAUCGCGGUCCCAACAAGAACUGAUGUCCCUGAGUAUCAGAAGCUUACAAGCCAAGUGCACGAAAUUGUUGGGCGCAUAAAUGGACGAUUUGGAACAUUAACUGCUGUUCCUAUUCAUCAUCUGGAUCGAUCUCUUGACUUCCAUGCCUUGUGUGCUCUUUACGCAGUCACAGAUGUGGCUCUUGUAACAUCACUGAGAGAUGGCAUGAAUCUUGUAAGCUACGAAUAUGUUGCAUGUCAGGGAUCAAAAAAAGGAGUUCUGAUAUUAAGUGAGUUCGCUGGUGCAGCACAAUCUCUUGGUGCUGGUGCCAUUCUUGUAAAUCCCUGGAAUAUUACAGAAGUGGCAGACUCAAUAAAUCAUGCUUUGACGAUGACAUCUGAUGAGAGAGAGAAACGACACAGGCAUAACUAUGCUCAUGUAACAACUCAUACUGCACAAGAUUGGGCUGAAACUUUUGUAUGUGAGCUAAACGAUACAGUUGCUGAAGCUCAGAUGAGAACAAGACAAGUUCCUCCUGUUCUUCCUAGUCGAACAGCUAUUCAGCAAUAUCUGCAGUCCAGAAAUCGUCUACUUAUAUUGGGUUUCAAUUCAACAUUGACUGAGCCAGUUGAAUCCUCUGGGAGAAGGGGCGGUGAUCAAAUCAAGGAGAUGGAACUCAAGUUGCAUCCUGACUUGAAGGGUCCUUUGAGAGCCCUCUGUGAGGAUGAGCGCACUACAGUUAUUGUUCUUAGUGGAAGCGACAGGAGUGUUCUUGAUGAAAAUUUUGGAGAAUUUAACUUGUGGUUGGCAGCAGAGCAUGGAAUGUUUUUACGCCCAACUGAUGGUGAGUGGAUGACAACAAUGCCAGAGCAUCUGAAUAUGGAUUGGGUUGACAGUGUAAAGCAUGUUUUUGAAUAUUUCACGGAAAGAACCCCAAGAUCUCAUUUUGAACAUCGUGAGACAUCAUUUGUAUGGAAUUACAAGUAUGCUGAUGUUGAGUUUGGAAGGCUCCAAGCAAGAGAUAUGCUGCAGCACUUGUGGACAGGUCCAAUCUCAAACGCAGCUGUGGAUGUUGUUCAAGGUAGUCGGUCAGUUGAAGUUCGGUCUGUUGGAGUUACAAAGGGUGCUGCAAUUGAUCGUAUUUUAGGAGAGAUAGUUCAUAGCAAAAGCAUGGUUACUCCGAUUGACUAUGUACUAUGUAUAGGCCACUUCCUCGGAAAGGAUGAGGACAUCUAUGUAUUUUUCGACCCUGAGUACCCUUCUGAAUCCAAAGUAAAACCAGACGGUGCCUCAGUAUCUGUCGACAGGAGGCAGAACGGACGGCCAUCUAAUGGCCGAAGCAAUUCCAGAAACUCCCAGUCAAGGGCACAGAAAUCACAGGCUGCGCCUGAGAGGUCAUCUUCGUCAGGCCACGGGGCCGCAAACAGCCACCACGACUGGCGUGAAGGGUCUUCGGUCCUCGACCUGAAGGGCGACAACUAUUUCUCCUGCGCAGUUGGGAGGAAGCGUUCAAAUGCUCGUUACCUGCUGAACUCAUCUGAAGACGUUGUCUCCUUCCUCAGAGAGAUGGCGGAAUCAACCACACCUCGCGCUGGCUUCCAGCCUGGCGCUGCUGAUUACAUGUUCAUGGAUAGGCAGUAAAUAAAUUUUCGCUACUACUAAUCACCCGGGCUUCGUCAGAGUUAACCCUCAAUAACAUUAUUUGUUAUAUGCGCGCCGGAGCUACCACCGUAGCUGGUCAGCCGGCGUGGUGUACAAUCCUGUACAAAAAUAUAAGCUCAUGUUAAAACUGCGAGAUGGCAGCAAACGGAAAGGGGAGAAAUGGUUUAG